UACAAUCGUUUAGAAUCAGAAUCCAUAAGAUAAGUUAACGAGUUAAGAGUUUGAAGCAUGAAUAGUGCUCUAGAUGUCACCAGUAACUUGCAGUAACUCGUGACACGUGCGAACUGCCAAUGUAUUGUCAAAUGCAUGCGGAGUUCCGCUGCUGGUCGCAGGAAAUAUAAAAAAAUUUUUCGCGGAAGUAGAAUGACAGAAUAAUUAGAAUGCAUGACGCAUCUAUAUCGGACCAGAUCGUGCUCCGACGAUCGUUGGGCAUUUAGGGAAUACCGGAGAGAAACUCCGAAUUCUUGCGCAAAAUCGCAAGACGAUUAUACGGCUGCGAUAAAUCGCCGUGCGCUCUUAAUUCGCUCUCGGACGAACGCUUCUCACUCGAGAAUUGAUAGCGCGAUGACAGUAGACGACGGGAACGACAAAAAAAUGUAUUUGCUUACGUUGACCAUAUGAUUUCACUCUCGCGGGCAAACAUCGCUUGGCCAUUCGCGAGAGAAGCAAUAAUAAUAAAAGAUGCUGGCGAUUGCAUCACCCCGUCAAUUACGGUGAUCGACAGCUCAUCUUGCGUGCGCAUCAGGUAAAUGGUGCCCAGUGGAAUAAUUAGGAACAAUGACAUAACCUCUCGGAAUCAAGUUGCUUGCCACGGUUAGGUGUAGUUGGGUAUCCUGUCCACGUGGACUUCCAUACGAUUGCAUUCAAUAGAAACCUGAAUUUCGAGAUCUGAGAAAGAGCCUUUCGACAGAAACACAACGAUGGAGAACGCGCAAGUACACGAGCGCGUGUCAAACGGCGUCGCCGAGAAAGAGGACGUCGUGACCCCGUGGACAAUUACGAGAGUCAACGAUACUGGAAUCGAUUACGACGAGCUAAUCAAGAAAUUUGGCAGUUCAAAGAUAGACGAUGAACUCCUGGCCAAAUUUGAGAAAAUCACUGGCAAAAAACCGCAUCACUUUCUCAGGAGAGGCAUAUUCUUCUCCCACCGAGAUAUGCACACCAUUCUGAACCUUUACGAGCAGGGACAGUACUUUUACCUGUACAUGAGCAGAGAGCCGAGCAUGAUGCACUUGGGUCACCUCAUACCUUUUAUGUUUUGCAAAUGGCUGCAGGACAUUUUCGACGUUCCAUUGGUCAUACAGUUGACGGACGAUGAGAAAGGUACAUGGGAGACUGUAAAGGUAGAGGAUGCCAUCAAAUUAGCCUACACCAAUGCGAGAGACAUCAUCGCCUGUGGCUUCAAUCCUAAGAAGACCUUUAUCUUCUUUAAUGUGGAACACAUAGAAAUCAAUCCGGCGUUCUAUCAGAACAUGAUCAGGAUAGGGAAAUAUGUCGUGUUGAAUCAGGUGAAGAGCAUCCUUGAUUUCGGGAACACUGGUUCGAUCGCGAAGGGCGCGUUUCCAUUGAUGCAGGUGGUGCCAGCGAUCUCUAGCACGUUCCCCUUCAUCUUCAAAGACACCAAGGUGCCCUGCCUAAUACCGUGUUUGAUUGAUGAGGACCAGUAUUUCUGUAUGAUGAGGGACGUGACGCCCAGACUGGGCUACCCGAAACCGGCUCUGCUGCACGCAAUCUUCUUCCCGGCGUUGCAGGGUUGCAAGACAAAGAUAUCGGCGAGCGACAACAACACAGCGAUAUUCCUCACAGACACUGCCAAGCAAAUCAAGAAUAAGAUCAAUAAGUACGCGUUUUCAGGUGGCCAGGCCACCGUGGAAGAACACAGACGACUCGGCGGAAACUGCGAGGUGGACAUAUCGUAUCAGUGGCUGCGAUUCUUUCUCGAAGACGACGAGCGAUUGAAACAAAUCAGAAAAGACUACACCAGUGGGGAGAUUCUGACUGGCGAGCUGAAGAAAGAAUUAAUUGAUGUGCUACAGCGACUAGUCGCCAAGCAUCAGGAGGCGAAAAGUAAAGUAACGGACGAAGUGAUUAAGCAAUUUAUGAUUCCUAGAGACCUCGGCUUCGUGUCGAAGACGAAGUAACGGUUUAGCGAGGAUACGUUGGAAGCACCCGCGAAGCACCGAUCCUCCUGCUUCUGUGCUGGAGAUCUAUUUAAAUCUAUUUAUUGCAAAACACGCCGCAGCUACGUUCUGUAUACAAAACUGCAUUCUACGAUAUUUUUAAGCACCGUCUUUGUUGAAAAAUUAAAUUAAUUUUUCUAUCGA